UCAUCCUCCACUACCAGAUAUGACCGAUACCCGGGACGUUUCCGACCAUUAUCCUGCUCUGACACUUGGGCAACCCGCGGCAUUUUACUCGGCUUCUGAAUGACGGUGUUGUGUCUCAAACUUCUGUACACCUCGAAAUCUCUUCUGGCCCAUCCUGGGAUUAAUUGGAUCGAGCACCUCAUGAACCCCUCGGACUCGAGGGGGGCAAGGAGGACUCUACGGAUGGCGCUUUACGAGUCAUGGUUCAAAGCGCCCCCGAUGGUAAGCACAUCAACGGUGUUUCAAGUUGAAUACGUGACCUUCCUGCUCACGCUUCUUCACCUGAACGUUGGACCCCCCAAGUCUGGGCGGGCGAAGAAAGCCGCUGUCCAGGAACGGUUAUUUGCCGGUCCAUUACGCACGUUCUGGCUCCUGCCACAGACAAUCGAGGGCUCGGCAGUUGCCCUUUCGAUUGAAGAAAAGCAGCACCCCUCAGGAGAUGGAAUCGCGGUAACAACCAGGUCAUAUGGGAUUCGCCUCACUGAUGAGACUCGAGGGCCACGACUCAGGCGGACGGGAACCUGGCGUCCAUAUCACGGCAGGAGUGGCCCGUAUUCGCGUGUCCAAGCCGCUACCAAGGACACGGAAUUUGGGCGUAAGCGUCUUGAGACGGCCGUGGUGGCGUUUGGGUCCCGGAGGGACGAGUUUAGAAUCCGGGGUUGGUGCUCACUCGCCAAUGGUGACGUUGUUUCUGAUCUAGAGAGUUACUACGCAUCAAACCUAGAUGUACCGAUCCUAGACCCGAAAGGAGUCUCGUCGCUUGACCUCGGCAGCGGCUUCUUGCUCAAGGCAUCAGUUGUGGAACCAUAUAUCUCCGACGAGCCAUUCAUGCUAGUCGAGGUCUGGGUCGCUACGCUGGACAAUGAGAACAAGGCGGUCGUCGACGGCGGGAAGGAUGUGGUCAGUGAAGAGGGAUGCGGUCAUGGAUGGGCGAGCUAGGAAGGAGUAGGGCUCAUGACGGCAGGAGAAGGUUCU